GGAUCGCCAUCAUAAGCUUUGGCAUCGCGUAGGCUGUCCUUUACAAUUGACCAUCAUUCAACCUUUUAAACUCGUUUAUUAUUCGUUUCUUUAUUAUCUCUUCCAUAGUUCUCUAGUUACCCAAUUCACUCAUUUCCCCAGAAUGCCUCCACGGCGAACUUUGGCGCAGCGAGGCCAGAUUCGAGAUCCAGACAAUGCCUCUACCCAGCGUCCAGAUCAAGAUUCAACUCAAACAACCUCGGAAAAUAUCUUUUUAUUCUGGCCCAACAUCAUCGGAUAUCUCCGGGUAAUCUUGGCCAUGGCCUCCCUUUACUACAUGCCACUCCACCCGCGCACAUGCUCUCUUCUCUACACUAUAUCAUGUCUUCUCGACGCUCUAGAUGGAUAUGCUGCCCGAUUGUUGAACCAGGGAACGCAGUUUGGUGCAGUUCUGGACAUGGUUACCGAUCGCUGCACCACGACGUGUCUGCUAGUUUUCUUAGCAACUGCGGUACCUCGCUGGGCUAUUGCUUUCCAGGGCCUGAUUGUGUUGGACCUCGCAAGUCAUUACAUCCACAUGUAUACAUCUCUGGUUGUUGGCGGUGCUGGAUCAAGCCACAAGGACAUUGACAAAAGUCAACACUGGUUGAUGAGGGUGUAUUACACUAACAAGAUUGUCUUGUUUUCUCUCUGCGCUCUCAACGAGCUCUUCUUCAUCGCCUGCUACCUUGUCUCCUUCUCUUCACCAGUUGACCCUCUCUAUCUAAAAGCGAACAUCGACGGAAAGGAGCAUCUGCAGACAGGGAGUGAGGUCGACACCUCACUAUUAACCCAGAUCUUUCCAAAUCCUUAUAGCUCUGCAGCGCUGGAGAUGGCGCGAGCGAACAAAAUGGAUGGAUACUUGCCGAGCAUCAUAGCCAAGAUUUGCUUUCCUUUCAUGGCGCUGAAGCAACUGAUCAAUGUUAUCCAGUUGAUUCAAGCCAGCAAGCGGCUGGCAAGGAUAGAUGUACAGCGGAGACGGAGAAGCAAGCAAAAUUAGCUGCUCAGCGCUGAAAAUAAUCGCCAGUGACACCUGGAAACAGGCCAUGUAAUUAUUUUAUACAUUAUUCAAUCAUACCAUUCAUGUGCU